AUGAAGGUCUCCACUCUCCUCGGUCUGCUUCCCGGUGCUGUUCUUGCAUCCGAUGUCCUUAGCGUUGCAUUCUACGCGAAGGAGAAGAACCAGCUGUACGACUUCAUCUCGGCCAACAGCGAGAUCGACUAUGGCUGCCGUCCUGUUGUGAUGGCUGCUGGCGGCGAGCACAAGCUGCACGCUGUCAUCUCGGAGGACCAUCUGGACCACUUCAAGCGAAGCCUGGAUCCCGAGCUCGUUCGCGUUGAGCUUCUGCACAACAUGAACAAGCGACAGACUGCCACUGCGCCCAUUGGAAAGGGCGAUCGUUUCAACGGUGGAAAGGUCGCACCUCGCGGUCUCGGUACCAGGAAGCCCAGCGAGUACGCGCAGCUCCAGAGUGCUGGCGUCUUCAACGUAGAUGAAGUCUACACCGCCAUGAAAGGUCUAGAGAAGGAAUACGGCAUGUCGCUCUUCACAACACCGGAAAAGACCUUUGAGGGACGAUCAAUUAUUGGUGGUGUCGCCAACAAGGCAGAGAAGAUCCAGAAAGACAAGCAAUACAUUUACUUCACCUCCGGAAUCCACGCGCGUGAGCGUGGUGGACCCGACAAUCUGAUCUACUUCAUCUCCGAUCUGCUCUAUGCGAACGAGCAUCGCAUUGGUCUGACCUACGGCAACAAGAAGUACACCAACAGCCAAGUCAAGAAAGCUCUUGGUGCGGGAAUCGUCUUCAUCCCCAUGCUGAACCCAGACGGUGUGAACCACGACCAGACGAACAGCAACCUCUGGCGAAAGAACCGCAACCCAGCCUCUGCUAAGCCCGGCGUUCCCUUCAGUGUCGGCGUGGAUCUUAACAGGAACUUCGACUUCCUCUGGAACUUUACUCAAAAGUUUGACCCCUCCGUUGCCCCAGCUUCAAAGGACCCUGCUUCCCAGGCAUUCUACGGUACCGCACCAUUCUCCGAGCCUGAGUCGAGGGACAUGGCCUGGGUUUACGACGAGUACCCCAACAUCCACUGGUACAUUGACGUUCACUCCGCUGCUGGAACCCUGCUCUAUUCAUGGGGCGACGACGUUGAUCAGUCCCACGACCCGAAGCAGAACUUGUUCAACCCUGCUUACGACGGCAAGCGCGGCAUUGUCGAAGACACGCUGUACAGGGAGUACAUUGACCAAGAAGACUGGGACAACAUCCGCCUCGCCGCCAACCGUACCACCGAUGCCAUGAUUUCCGUCGGCGGCCGCGACUACGUCCCUCAACAAGCCGUAGGCCUGUACCCUACUUCCGGUGCAACUGACGACUGGUCUUUCAGCCGCUGGCACAAGAACAAGAAGCUUACCAAGGUUUACGGUUACACCCUGGAGUUUGGUUACCCGACAAACUUCUACCCUACGGGCGAGGAAUAUAUCCAAAACAUCAUUGAUACCAAUGCCGGUUUCAUGGAGUUUAUCCUUACUGCUGACGAGAUUGGCCUCAAGGCUUAG